ACAAUAUCAACAUCUCUAAAUUGUCUCACUCCUUUUCACUUUAGCGAGGCAAAAUUUGUCACAUUUCUUUGGCAAAAUUUGCAGUUUGUGAUAAAUCAUUUAAAUAUCGUCAAGUACGUCAAGAGCGUAGCACAACACCCCAGACAAGAGACACUAGUUAAACCAACAACGCAGCAAAAUGCCUAAGAAUAAAGGAAAAGGUGGCAAAAAUCGUCGUCGUGGAAAGAACGAAAACGAGUUCGAAAAGCGUGAGCUGAUCUUCAAAGAGGAUCAACAGGAGUACGCACAGGUGACCAAAAUGCUGGGCAAUGGUCGCUUGGAGGCAAUGUGCUUUGAUGGCGUCAAACGUCUGUGUCAUAUUCGGGGGAAACUUCGUAAGAAGGUUUGGAUCAAUCAGGGCGAUAUAAUACUGGUCGGCUUGCGUGACUAUCAGGACUCUAAGGCCGAUGUCAUUUUGAAGUACACACCAGACGAAGCUCGAAAUCUGAAGACGUACGGCGAGUUUCCGGAAUCGGUUCGCAUCAACGAGACAGUCACAUUCGUCGAGGAUGGCUUCGAUGAGGAUAUUGAGUUCGGCGAUGAGAUUAGUUCGGAGGACGAUGCUGAUUCCGUAGACAACAUCUGAUCCAAAAAGAAUGAAACAGCAGCCACAGAAACCGCAGCUGCAGAAUCUGUUCACGAAUAGGGAAAUAAA